UCGGAUUCGUUAACCACUGUGCCACGACGGGAACUCCAACUUUAGUUUUUUAACUGUACAUUUUUUAUUUUUAAAGACUCCUUUAAAAAUACUUGUAUUUUAAGAAUUUUGCAGUUACACACAUAAGGAAAUAAUUAACAGUAUAUAGAGCCUUACUCUGUUCAGUAACUGCAAAAGUUUUUUAAACCUCACAAUGACUGUAUAAGGUAUAUCAAUUUUAAGGUUAAAAUCUGAGAUUUGGGUACAAGAGGAAUGUGCCCAAUUACUGAUGGAAGAGUUGGGAAUGGAGCCUAGAUCUUUUUUACUCCAAAGACUAUAGUUUUCACCCUUCACUAUUCUGUUCAUUCAUUUCUUAUUAGUAUAAAUCAAUUGAAUGAACUCUAACAGAAUUGUCAGCACUGGUGAAACAAGUGUCUUAGUUUAGUGGAGAGGGAGGCAGAGGAGAGGCUUUCCAAAGCCAGUUGCUAUUCUGUCUCCAUUUAAGUGAAUCCUGGGCCAGAUAUUGUGACUUCUAUGAAUAUUGCUUUUCCUUCUCAUUGAAUGACAGUUACAUAUAACAAGAGGAAAAUAUUUGAAAGAAUCAAUCUCAACAAAUUUUGGAGAAUAUUUUCAGAGCAGUAAACUCCCUGCAGACCAUGUUUAAGAGGAACAGAUAAAGAUAAUGGAGAGGUCUAGCUUAAGAAAGAGAAUUCAUGAGAGAUACAAACUAUUCUCAAAUAUUUCAAAACUGCAGGAAAGAGUAGAAUUAGAACUGAUGGGAAAAGUUGUAAGAAAGCAGAUUCUGGAAUUUCUUCCUAAUCCCUGUUAAAAUGGAAAAGGUUUCUUAUUUUCCUUUUCCUUCCUAUCUUCACUUCUCAUCUUUGUGCUGAAUUGCUGGCAGCCAGCCCACUGCAUGAUUAGGAAAGGAAAUAGAAGGGGCUGAGAGAAGACCUAGCAAAGAUAAGCUUACUGGACCCAAAAGUAUGGGAGGGGUUAGUGGGAGAAGGAAUCAGUGGGUGGAAAGGCAGAGGGCUGAGCCAAGGAGUUGUCCUUCAGGGUUGGGAGAUAGGUUAUAUUGAGCAAAUAGAUAUUGAGUAAAUUAAUAAAUAUAUUGAGGUUAAUGAGAGCUAAGUGUCUUACUGUUGUUGAAGGUAUUUAUAAAAUUUGAAAAGGGUAAAACUAGAAAGAACUUAGAUUUUGGAUUGUUAUUACAGCUGUCAGUGUGAAAUCAUGAUUUUAGAUAGAUAAUAGAAUGAAAUGAUUAGGAGUGACUGAAUUGUGUUUGCAUAUUUCUCAGAAAUGAUUCAAAAGUACUAAUUGUAAUGUUUAUAUACACUCCAAACACACCACAUAUAUUUAUCUACACACAUUUCAUAUAUAUGUAAAAGGAGAAAGAGAGAGAGAGAGGGAAAGAGGUUAGAUAUAUAGAUAGAGCAUACAUAUGUGAUGAAAUGUUAAUAAUUACAGUAACAGAGAGAAGGAGAGAGGAAGAUGGUAGCAUAUUGUAUUAUACAAGCAACUCUUGUAGAUUUAAAGUUUUUCAAAGUAAAUUAUUUUUAAAAAAUGAAAAAGUUUGCCUUGGUACAAAGGGUUCCUUGAGCUAUUAAAGCAGAGGCUGAGUGAUUCUCACUGGGAUAUUGCAGAGAAUUUUUGCACUGGUUGGAAGGUUUGAUUGGACAAUCCAUCAUUUCAAGCUUAGAGAAUAUGAUCUAUGAAUCAUAGAUUGGUGACAGUACAGUGGAGUGAAAUUUGAGCCAUGUUUUCAGAAAUUUAAAGGCAUAUUAAGAUGUUAAAGAGAUGUACUACGGAUACCAAAUACUUUGUGAAGCCCCUUUCCCCAUCCAUCCAAUUAUUGAGGGCAUAUGCAAAGGACUAAUUUCAGACCCAGGUAUACACAUACAAAUAGAAUAUACUUCUCCUGCCAUCAGCUUUUUGGCGUGAAGGCACAUAAAAUGCAAUUGUGUUUAAAGCAAAUAUUGAAUAAGCCCUCUUGUUUUGCUGUUAUAAUUUGGAAAUUCUUUUACUAUACUUAUUUUACUAUUUUUAACCCUGGAGACAACUUUGUUUGAAGUGAUUGUACUGAAAUAGUCUGGUUCAUACAGACAGAAAUUCUCUCUAUAGCCUACUAUAUAUGUGAGCCACUGUGUUGUGUGUGACCCUAACUCCAUCCUUAAUUAACUUCAGGGUCUCUUUUGUGAAAGGAAUUAAGAGGAGCUGUCUUACAAGUGUAUUUAAUGAGAAUAGAGCUUUUAAAGGUACAAAAGCUUCUUUUAUGUGACUGUUUCUUAUAGUUGGGAACAAAAACACUCACAAAAGGAAAAAAUAAAAAGGCGUUUAGUUAUUAUAUCUUACUCUUUUAUAUCUUACAGCAUCUAAUUGUGCUGGGCAGUUAGCAGGGUCUCACCUAUCAAAUGUUAAUAGAACCAAAGACUUUGUAAGGUGUUCCUGAAAUUAACACUUAGGUUCAGUUAUUUAAGUUCCUUUUUUUUUUUUCUGCAGUGAAAAGAACUGGUCACAUUAAAAUAGGGUGUGUCAUAAUUUUCGAUAGGAUGCUUUGUUUGUACUAUGUAGAUUUACAUUAAAUAUAAUUUAGUCUGUUCUUUUGAUAGAAUAUUUUCCUUUUAUCACUCAAAAUAUGUAGAGCAAACUGACAGAAGGAAGAAUGCCUGAAAUUAAGCCAUGCUCAAAUGGAAAAAUUAACUUACACAUCCUCUACUAAUAAGGUCAUUUGCUUGUAUGUUUUUAGUUUGGCCUUAAAUACAUUUUUAUUUAAAAAAAACUAUAAAAUACAAAGAAAGAUAAUACGAUUGAGCCUGUAACCCCUUGCUAUUAUUUUUAUACAUAGUCGUGUUUACUUUUUACAGUGGGGGUAGUGAUGGUGAUCAAAUUUAUAGCAAGAUGCUCUGGAUCUCAUUAAUAAAAAUUUUCCCCUGAUGCUUUAAGGGCAAAUGGAAUUAUGGAAAAAAACAGAUUUGUGAAAAUACUUAAAAGGUUUGCAGCAAUAUUUUAGGGACAAUUAUGGUAGCUUUAUUGUCUAUUAAAAGAGCUUAAACCAGGGGGGAAAUUCAUGGCCAUUGUGCUUCUUACUCCUCAAGAAACAGGAAAAUAUACAUUCUGCUUGAACUGCUCUACCAUAAAGUUGUUACCGAACAACUUCAUUAAGUGAUCUUACUAAGACAGAGUGUCUGUCUCUGUCACUGGAAGGAAAAGUAAUGGCCUAUUCCUGAGUAAAUCACAUUAUGAUCUGAGUAAUGUACAGACAUAGUAAUUUGGUAGCCAAGGGUACUUGUGAUGGAUAUUUGCUGGUGUCACUGCAUGGGUAGAAAAGCAUUGAUUGAAUGAUAGUCUUUGACAUUCAGACUUAUUUAUGAAUUGCAGAGUAGAACUAGAAGAAUGAUAAUGUUCUCAUGUUGCGUAACUGUGUCUGGAGAGUCCACUAUCUCCAACAGUGUUAAGUUGAAUCUGGAAUAGCAUUUGUUUAUGUUAGAGUAAAUAAUAUUAGAAUAGAACCCAAGAUUUAGAAAACUUUUAGAGAUGCCCAAAUGGGAAAUUAGGCAUUUUAGUAAAUUAAGAGAUCAUGGUUUAUAAUUGCGAUCAGGUUUCUCAGGCCUGAACUAUAGUUCUGUUAUAACAAGGUCCUUGAAAAAGCUUUUUUAAAAAUUAAUUCCUUUUAAAGGUAUCUAUGUUAAUUGUAUUAUAAAUAUAUCAGAAUAAUUUACAUUUAGUGAUCAAUAGUGAAUAUUUAAUUAAAACUGUACCAAAUUUUACACUUCUCUUCUCAGAAGCCUCUGACGAAUAACAUAAUACUUUUGAUAUCUGAUUGUCAUGAGGUGCUUGAUUUGGACUAGAAAAAAUGAGAUCAAAACCCAUUCAAUUAUGCUGCCAGUUUUAAUUAAUUACCUGUCCAUAGAAAAAAAUCAUACAGAAUUUUAAGAGCAUAUAUAAGUAACACCAGUGUUUGUUAUCAAAUUAUUUGUUUAAUAGUAUUAUCUUGAUAAUUUGGUAAAUCAGUUAUCUUAAUCUGCUUUUUUUGCUCAACAUAAAGAAUAUUUUUCUUCAAUAGUCACUCUUUUUCCUAAGGAUUCCAAUGGGCCUUGAAUUCACAGGAAACUCCUCUGAUUAUGGUGUAAUUUGAUGAAUUGUUGAGAACUCCGUAGAUGCAGCAGUAAUUUGUCUCUGCAUUUUGGACUUGAUUUAGCUUUAUUCUUUUUCUUAUAGGCAUUCUGAAUUAUUUAUGAUGGAAUACACUGGUAGUCUGACAUGAGAGUCCUGUAAAAAACAAACAAACAAAAAAAACCUAAUUACUGGCAAAUUCACAGGGACUGGAACAUUCUUCCACAUUCUGUUUCUGCUUAUUAUAAAAGAAAUGAAAUAAUGGAUGAAAUAAAAAUAUGAACUUCAUGAUUUUUUAAAAAUUGUGUGGUUUUCUCCCUCAGUUCCUCCAUAUUUCAUAAUUGAUCAUUAACCUGGUUAUGUUAGCCCUUUUAUACAAAUGUCGUGAACACCUGCUUUGGUUUUAGAGGAAUUAAUCGAGCAAUAUUCAAGAUAAAGAGAGUUGGCCUUGACAGAUCACGUGUUCCAUGUACUAGGGUUUCUCAGCAGGUGUAUUUUAGUUGUAACAUUACAGUGAAUAACCCGAAGCCAAUUUUGGGUAAGUACCUUAAAAGUAAAUACCUUUUGAUUGAAGUAUAUAUGCAAUAACAUUGACCAUGAGUAUUUAAUAGAGUAGAGAAAUGGCAUUUCAAUUCACUUUAGUGCAGGUAUUAUUUAAAUGUAUCAAAUUAACAAAUUACUUUUAUUUUCCUUAAAAGACAUAACUGAAUUUGAAGGUCAAAUUCUUAUAGAUCUAUUCAUCAGGUUGCUUAGUUCACCAGCACUUUGUGCUUCCUGAUGAGACACAGUCCAAAACCCAAUGAGAGCUCAAAAUGGAUAGGAUCGUGUUGUGGACUCUACUACUGACUUUUUCUGGAAGUCAAGCCUCAAGACCCUGGGCUCAAAGAAAUACUGAAUUUGCAAUGGAUCUUUAUCAAGCUACUUGUUUAUCUCAUAAGAACAACAUCAUAAUUUCUCCUCUUGGAACAACUUUGGCCCUUGGAAUGAUACAUCUGGGAGCAAAAGGAAAAGCACAACAGCAGAUAAGACAAACUUUAAAAUUUCAGGAAACCGCAACUGGAGAAGAAUUUUCUGUGCUGAAGUCAUUUUUCUCUGCCAUCUCAGAGAAAAAACAAGAAUUUACAUUCAGUCUUGCCAAUGCCCUCUACCUUCAAGAAGGAUUCACUGUGAAAGAACAGUAUCUCCAUGGCAACAAGGAAUUUUUUCAGAGUGCCAUAAAACUGGUGGAUUUUCAGAACGCAAAGGCUUGUGCAGAGACAAUAAGUACCUGGGUAGAAAGCAAAACAGAUGGAAAAAUUAAGGACAUGUUUUCAGGGGAGGAAUUUGGUCCUCUGACUCGGCUUGUCCUGGUGAACGCUAUUUAUUUCAAGGGGGAUUGGAAACAGAGAUUCAGAAAAGAGGACACACAGCUGAUGAAUUUCACUCAGAAGGAUGGUGUGGCAGUUAAAGUCCCAAUGAUGAAGGCUCUUCUGAGAACAAAAUAUGGUUAUUUUUCUGAAUCUUCCAUGAACUGCCAGGUUUUGGAAUUACCUUAUAAAGAUGAUGAGUUUAGUUUAAUUAUCAUACUUCCCGCAGAAGAUGUGAACAUAGAAGAAAUGGAAAAGCUAAUUACUGCUCAUCAAAUUCUGCAGUGGUUCUCUGAGAUGCAAGAAGAGGAAGUGAAAAUAAGCCUUCCUAGAUUUAAAGUAGAACAAAAAUUAGACUUCAAACAAGCUUUAUAUUCUUUGAAUAUAACUGAGAUAUUUAGUGGUGGCUGUGACCUUUCUGGAAUAACAGAUUCAUCUGAAGUAUAUGUUUCCCAAGUUAUGCAAAAAGUUUUCUUUGAGAUAAAUGAAGAUGGCAGUGAAGCUGCAUCAUCAACUGGCAUACAUACCCCUGUGAUCAUGAGUCUGUCUCAAAACCAAUUUAUAGCAAACCAUCCGUUCCUGUUUAUUAUGAAGAAUAACCCAACAGAAUCAAUACUGUUUAUGGGAAGGGUGACAAAUCCUGACACCCAAAAGAUGAAGGGAAGAGAUCUAGAUUCAUUGUGAAUGAAAAGCACAGCCUUGAAACACAAGGUGAUUCCUAGAAAAUAGCUGAUGGGCAAAAUAUCACCACAUGUCUUCUAUAUAUCCUUUUCUGUUUUAAAUUGUGUCUGUAUUAAAUCUGUGUUAAUGAGUAAAUGAAAUUAUUAAUAAAGAGAUUAUGCAUUCAAUGUUUUUUCUGUAUUUUUAUAAAGUCUCUAUGAAUCACAAGCAGUGUACUUACAUAAAAUAUUAUUGUUAAUAUGUAGAACAAUGCACCUAAGAUAUCUUAGAUAUUAAAUUCCUAUCUUAGAUAUCAGAGUCUCUGUGACUAAGAGACUGGACUGUCUGACUUGCAGGCAUAGCAGCAUUAUCCAGACCAUGGGGAAGUAAGAUUGGAAGAAAGUUGGGUGCUGUGUGCCUCUCUGGAUACUUGAGAUGCAGAGAUCCAGUAUCUUUGAUAGUAGAUGAUCUUUGAGUAUUUAGCUAAUCUUAACUGGGUGCUCCAUGUGUUAUGUUUAAUGUUUGCCUUGUUUCAAUACCUUUGGGGACCUAUCAUAUGUUUUCCUUUGAUUUAUGCUUUAAACAUGUAAAAUAAAGUAGAAAUGGUGAGAACUCUUAAAAGCUUUUCUAUACAUGAAAGUGGAAGCUAAAUUAUGAUGAUUCAGGAGGUUGACCCUCCAUAAUGUUAUAACACUGAGCUAAGGGAAGUGUUACAGCCAAGAUUGUAAUCUAUAAUGAUUAAAUGCAGAACCCUGCCUCUGAAUAUCAGACUGAAAUAUCUCAAAUAAUACUACAUUCCAAUACCUUGAUGAAACAUGUUUCACACUUUUUCCAUCUUCAUGUUAGUGAUAUAAAGUGUCCAUUUGUUUGUCUUGGUAAUUCUCAGCAGAGAGUUUAAUGAUUAUGGCUACCCAUUGCUGAGCCCUAAUUAUGUGUCAGGCACUGAAAUAAGCACUUUUUUGGACAUUAUGUUAAAUGCACUAAAGAUCCUAUGAGACACUAUUAUUCAUCUUCCUGAUGAGGAAAUUGAAGCUCCAAGACAUUAUAUAAGUUAGUCAAGGACAUACAGCAAAAAAUACAGGGGCCUUUUGUAUUUCAAAAUUUGAACUUGGUAUUAACUGAACUAGGAA